GCGUCACACCGAUGACUCGCUGUGCGCUGCCGUGACUUUUGACAAGUGCUUCAGUUAAUCACCUCAUACAAAUGGAAUAAAGACGACGAUGGACUUCUUCUGGGGGAAUAUCUUCUUCUUUACAGCCAUAAUUACUGACAGAGUUUGGCACUCACAGUCCUUCAACGUUGGCACUGCAGGAGCCAAGAUUUUCAGUGGACCAGCAGCGGAAGAGUUUGGCUACUCAGUCCAACAAGCGACAAACCAUGAGGGCAAAUGGCUCCUGGUUAGUGCUCCAUGGAGUGGUUUCAGUCGAAACAGGAAGGGGGAUGUUUACAAGUGUCCAGUCUCAGGGUCCAGAAACAGCUGUGACAAGCUCAAUCUUCAAGACUCUGUCAGUAUUCCAAAUGUUAAAAACGCCAUCGAUAACAUGUGCCUCGGGCUGACUCUUACCCGGAUGCCUGCAGAUGGUUUGAUGAUGUGUGGUCCUCUUUGGGGACAGAAGUGUGGUACUCAGGACUUCUACCCAGGAAUAUGUGCAAAACUGAACCCACUCUUUCGACCUCAACCCGCCUUCUCUCCUGCCGUCCAGACAUGUGGAGGGCCUAUGGACAUUGUGAUUGUUUUGGACGGCUCCAACAGCAUUUAUCCUUGGGAACCAAUGACCGCGUUCCUCCAGAAAUUAAUACCUGCGCUCGACAUCGGACCCCAAAACACACAGGUCAGUGUCAUACAGUAUGCCGUUAAUCCCAAGUUUGAAUUCAAACUGAACAAGUAUAAAACCAAAGAUGAAAUGGUAGCUGCAGCAUCCAGUAUCACACAAAUGUAUGGUCACUCUACCAAUACCUUCCAUGCGAUCCAAUAUGCCAGUCAGUGGGGUUUCAAUCAAAAUAACGGCGCUCGAUCAGGCGCUGCCAAGGUGAUGGUAGUCGUCACCGAUGGGGAGUCUCACGACGAGGCUUUCAGAGAUACGGUCAUUGCCGACUGUGAGAAACAAGGCAUCACUCGCUUUGGUAUUGCUGUGCUGGGUUAUUACAUCAGAAACAACAUCAACACAGAAAACCUGAUAAAAGAAAUCAAAUCCAUUGCCAGUUUACCCACAGAAAAGUACUUCUUCAAUGUGUCGGAAGAGGCGGUCCUCUCCACUAUCGCUGGAACACUGGGGAACCGCAUCUUCAACAUAGAAGGCACUGGAAAAGGGGGUGAUAACUUCAAGAUGGAGAUGUCUCAGGUGGGAUUCAGCGCUCACUACUCCAGCCAACAGGAUGUGCUGAUGCUGGGAGCAGUUGGAGCCUACGCUUGGAGUGGGACCGUCGUCCAUCAAAAAGGGUCAAUAGUAGACAUUCUCCCUUUCUCAGCCUUUGAAGGAACUCUUCAAGACAGGAACCACAGCUCAUUACUGGGUUACUCUGUCACCACACUGAGUGAUGGGCAUACAGAAUACUUUGUGGCUGGUGCACCUCGCUCCAACCACUCUGGACAGGUUAUCGUCUACACCUUCAACGCCCAGAAGCAAUCUGCUAUCAUAGAUUCAGAAAGAGGAAAACAGAUUGGGUCAUACUUUGGAAGCGUGCUAUGCUCCCUGGAUGUGAACAGAGAUGGGGUGACAGACCUCCUGCUGGUUGGUGCGCCCAUGUUUAUGAGCGAGCUGAAGAGAGAAGAAGGCAGGGUCCACCUCUUCUCUGUCACCAAGGGUAUACUGAACGAGCAGGGAUUCCUCGAAGGUCCGUCCUCGACUGAGAAUGCACGUUUUGGGAUGGCCAUCUCUGCUGUUCCUGACUUGGACCUCGAUGGUUACAAUGAUGUUGUUGUUGGAGCCCCCCUCGAGGACAAAGGAAAAGGUGUUAUUUACAUCUACAAUGGGGAGAAGGAGACAUUAAAGAAACAGUUCUCACAGAGAAUUCUUGGCUCCAAACUGGAUCCUCAAUUGCAGUAUUUUGGAAGGUCCCUAGAUAGCUACAAAGACCUGAAUGAUGAUACAGUCCCUGACAUCUCCAUUGGUGCAUAUGGCAAAGUGGUGCAGCUUUGGUCCAGAGGUGUUGCGUCUGUCACCGCUAAAGCGUCUUUCAACCCCAAUAAAAUCAACAUUUUCAACAAACCCUGCAACAUUAAUGGACGCAAGCUUACAUGUUUCACCGCCAACCUCUGUCUCGGUGCUGCAUUCAGGCCCAAGAACCCUGUUGGACCCAUUGAUAUAUCCUAUACUUUGACUCUGGAUGCUGACUUGCAGGCUUCACGAGUGACAUCAAGAGGACUGUUCACACAGAACAAUGAGCGCUUCCUCACAGAAAAGGCAAAAAUAUCGUCUGCAUCCCUGUGUCGAGACUACCAGGUUUAUGUUCAGGAGGCACCAGACUUUGUCAAUUCCCUCAGUCUGAAAGUAGAAAUCGAGCAGCAGAAUGCAGAUGUGAACCCUGUCCUCGAUGUGUUUUCUCCAAGUGCCUGGGAGUUCUUUAUCCCUUUCACAAAAGACUGUGGCUCUGAUGACGUGUGUGUUAGUGAUCUGGUGCUAAGUGCGAAGACAGACACAAAGGCGUCCAGCUCAGCUCCCGUUCUGGUCAGCGCUAAUAACCGAGAACUGUCAUUUGAAGUUGUUGUGAAGAAUAAAAAGGAGAACGCAUACAACACUCAGGUGUUGGCCACGUUCUCCAGCAACCUCUACUACUCCUCCGUCUUUCCUCCUGAAACGGAUGGAGUCAAAUGCACCUCAACACAAACUCAAACUGUCACUUGCCAAGUGGGAUACCCAGCUUUAAAAACAGGCCAAGAGAUGAAAUUUCAGAUCAAUUUUGAUUACAAUUUCAAUGAGCUGGAAAACAAAGCUGAGGUGACAUUUGAGGCCAAGAGUGAUGGUAAAGAGGAAAGACCUGCAGACAACAAGGUGGACAUAUCCAUUCCUGUUCAAUAUGAUGCAGGGAUUGUUCUGUCUAGGGAGUCAAAUAUCAAUUUUUACGUGGCAGAUGCUGCCACUCCAGUGGUAACGGCAGUGAAAACUCUAGAUGACAUCGGCCCAGAAUUUAACUUUACAGUGAAGGUUUCAACAAGUAACUUCCCUGUCAACCUCCUGUAUCUGACCAUUGCUCUGCCGCUGACCACUAAAGGUGGAAACCCGCUCCUCUAUGUUACCAAUGUGGACACACAAGGAGGUUCUAUCAGCUGUGAUUCCAGCGGCCUGGUCGAUCCUCUGAAGAUCAAUGGAAAGAGCUACAAACAGUCUUUCUCUGAGGAGAACCUCCGAGGCAUAGAGAAACUGGACUGCAAGAGUGCAAAAUGCAACUAUAUGAAAUGCAUCCUCAAAGACACUGAAAUUAAGAGUGCCUACUUUGUGAAAGUUAAAACAAGGAUCUGGAGUGGCACAUUUCUCUCGGCCUCCUAUCAGACCAUUGAGCUGACUUCCAGUGUUAAUGUUGAGACCUCCAACCCUGAUCUGCUCAUUAUCGGCCUCAAAGAGCUACCAGUGGUGCUGACAGUCAGUAAACCUGGAGAGAAGGGUGAUGUUCCAGUGGGAGUGAUUGCUGGCAGCAUCAUCGCCGGACUGCUGCUGUUGGCUCUGGCUGUUGGACUGCUGUGGAAGUUUGGAUUUUUCAAAAGAAAGUACCAGCAGCUUCAAAGGGAGGCCGAUGAAGAUGGGCAGAGCCACGCACAUGUCGAUGAAGUGUUGUGAACUGAAGAGAAACCCUUUCUCUUUUUACUGGAUUGUUCCCAGUGUGGAUAAUAUUGGUACUUGUCACUGGUUCUUGUAAAGUGCAAAUGAACUACAGCUCAAUCACUGGAAGUUGGGCCUUUUACUGAAACUGGGAUUCAGUCUUCUGUCCAUUUUACAGAGGAUUAUUGUUAUUGGUCUUUAUUUUUUAACUGUGUGGACUGUACAUUGACUAUUUGCUGUUAUGCACUGACUUUGAUUAAAUGUAAAAUGUGUAUUUUUUCCCCAACAUGACAGAACCUUAUACAGAACUUUUUAUAGGCCUUAGGAUGCAAUGUUUUUUUUGUUUUUUUUCCCACAAUAUCUUUAUUUUAUUUUCAGUUUUUAACACCUUGACAUACAGCCUUUACAUUCGUAUAUCUUCAUUCAACUUCCAUACUGUAAGAUCGCUGCAUUUACAUAGAGACAGAAGUUAAAAACAAAACAUAACACUCAGAACAGGAAUGCUCCUCCUGUUAAAGAAAAUGAUAAUCUAUAUAAAAUCGACUAUUGUUUGUAAUUAGUGCAAAUUAAAACACACAUAUAGAAAAACAAUAUAAAUCUUACAAGAUCAGAAUCUGCAGUGUCCACAAAGACUAGUCAUCCACUUCUUCGUCUGUUAUAUCCAAGUCCUUAAUGUAGUGAAUGAAAGGGCUCCCUAUGUCCUUGAAUACAUGCUGUUUAUCCUUUAAUAUGUAAGUUAUUCUCUCUAAUGGAAGACUUGCUAACAUCUGUCUUAUCGAUUGAGUAGUACUUGGUCUAUGAAUCUUUUUAUCACAAUAAUGCAACAUAUUUCUUAGCAUAAAGCAAGCUGAGGUCUAUAAAUGCCCGCUCAUUCCUACUAUAGUUAUGUUUCUCUGGGUAUAAGCCCAACAAAAAACGUUUACAGUCCAGGAAGACAUUAGAUGUAAUGUUGUCAUUGUGAGUUUUACACUGUAAAGUAAGGCAUUUUGUUUUGACAAAUUCUUGGUAACAUGGUUGCCAAAAAACAAUUUCAUAGUCAUGGAUAUAGCUAAUUUGUGUAAACACUGACCUUUUUAACACAUACACACACGCUUUAGCCAGUGAAUCUGUAGCAUAAACUUCUUUAACAUCCACUGUCACCUCUGGCCCUCUGGGGUUUUCUUGCAUUAAGACUAUUGGUAUAAGUAGUUUAGAAACAAACAGGAAACAAUCACUUCCGUAUCCUGGAAAGAGUGCAGUCUGUCAUUGUUCAAUACAUUGUGUUUGUACUGUAUAUAUUGUAAGAUAGAAUUAUGAUCUUUCAUAUUCAGUUUUAUACAUAUGAAAAGAUUAGUUGUUAGUUGUGAUAUUGGUGAUGUUUAGUUUUUUGUCGCUCAUCAGGUAUGAAUAUUUUAGUAGCAUAUUGUUUAGGUCUGCAACUGACCAUUAUGUUUAGAAUUGAAUAAUUUGCUGAUCAUUUUCUCGAUUCAUUAAAAAAGUUUGGUUGGUUUUCAGGAAAUAUAUUAAUGCCUGUCGUGCUUUCCCAGGUUUCAAGAGGAUGUUUUCAAAUUGGUUAUUUUAUCGAACAUACAGUCCAAAACCCAAAGAGAUUCACACUGCUGUCAUUUAAUGCAAAUGUUUUUCAUUUUUUGCUCAGACUGUUCAAUAGAUUAUCAAAUUAGUUGCAGUUGUUUCAGCUCUAAUGUUUAUCUGCGGGGCAAAAGAACACAAGGCCAACAAAAUGGGAGUCAAACUACACUCCCAGGGUUCUUUGUUCCCAAGCUCAAUAUCCUCCUAAAGUAAGGAGACCUUUCAAAGGGGUUUUAUGUUCAUCGUAAUUUUUAUUUUUUAUAAAUGUUUAUUAUUUAAGUCAGAUUUUCAAUGUAUUUUUUCUGUGUCAGUAUGUAGAAACCACCCACCCACCCACAGCUUAUACCCUACUGUUGUUGUACUCCUUGAAAUAUGUGCUCUCAAAUUUGCAGGCAAAACUUUGAUAUCUCCACAAUGGCUAAAUAGAUAUUUACCAUUCAAACUGCAUUUGAAAAGCCCACCUCCCUUUGUUGUUUUGCAAUUUUAAUUGUAAUAUAGCCCUUACCAAUCUCUUGCUAUGUUAGUUUAUAUUGGGAACAUGUGUUUGGUUUGGGCAGAUAUUGUUUACUACAGAGUGAAUGAUCACACUCAGAAAUGCAUCUGAGUUCAUGGUGGUUGUCAAAAGCAGCAACCACGUUAAUUUCCUUCUUAAAUACACUCAAUCUGUACCAUUGUUUGUUACUUACAUUAGAAGGUUUGUGAGAGGUUUUUUAAAGAUAAUUCUGCAGGGGCUAAAUGUGUAUUGGCACAGCUUUGCCACAAGAUGGCAGCAUAAUAUAGAUGACAUGUUGGCACGGUUCAUUAUUCUGUCACUGCUCUGUUGAUGACUUGAAUGCUCCACUAUCAAUUAAUACAUCAUAAGUUAUGAUCAAUGUUGGAUCGUGUUUCUCUUGAACCCCUCUUGUGUUGUCUCUUUGACGUUCUUGCUGGAACACCUUUAGAAAACCUGACCCUGCAAGCAACCCUACUUGGACCCCUUCCCUCCAAACAUCAGUACAACUGAAGUUUUCCCUCAAACUCGAUUAAUUUCCUCUCACAUUUUUGACUGUCGUGUUCUCCCACAGUUAGGUUAUUCUGUCCCUGGACUGUUUUGGAAUGUGUUUCUGACUGUUUUCCUUUUGCACGAGCCAACUUCAGCACCCAGCAGAGUCUUUAGCAUUCAUGUCUUUGGAUCUGGCGAGGUGGAAUAUGCUAUUUGUCUCUAAUAAGUAGCAUAUUUUUUUGGGCGCCUGGGCUCAAGCUUUCCUUGUUGGAGGGGAUAUAUAGAAUUUGAUGAAUGAUUGAACUGCUCUGUUUCACAAUUACUCAUGCGCUGCGGUGUUGUGAAAUAGCCUUUGGAUUCUAUGUAUAUGUGUACAGGGAGCUAUGUGGAAAUAGUUGAUGAAAUUAGAUACAGUGGAAGUGUUUGAACACCUUUGUAAAUUCAUCCCUCUAGGAAUUCCUGCACAUGAUUGACAGUUACAACCAAACAACUGACCCUGUGUGAUUGCUCACAAAGUUCUGCAAUGUUUUUAAAUAAAAAAUGAUGUCAUAGCAAAUUA